AAGAAAGAAAGAGAAUUUGAACGAACUGAGGUUUCUUUGAAUCGAAGGGAAGGGAAUAAGGGAUGGUGAGUCCUCAACAGGAAAGGCUAGCGAUAACUCUUGUUAGUUCCAGUAGUAAAGGUAGAUCUACUCUUGGGUCUAGGGUUUUAGAACCUUCAACUCCACUUACAAGAAAUGGCGGAACACCUCUUGCCGAUGAAGCGAUCUGGCAGCGCCUCCGUGAGGCUGGCUUCGAUGAAGACUCCAUCAAACGCAGGGAUAAGGCUGCUCUCAUUGCCUAUAUUGCUAAGCUUGAAACUGAGAUUUUUGACUAUCAGUACCAAAUGGGUCUUCUCAUAUUGGAAAGAAAGGAAUGGGUAUCUAAGUAUGAGGAAGUUAAAGCUGCAGCAGAUGCAGCUGAAAUUAAUUAUAAACGUGAACAAGCUGCUCGUUCAACUGCUUUAGCUGAAGCUAGGAUCCGAGAAGAGAGUUUAAAGAAGGCUUUGGGAGUCGAAAAAGAGUGUAUAGCAAAUAUUGAGAAGACCUUACAUGAGAUGCGUGCCGAAUCUGCUGAAACGAAAAUUGCAGUGGAGAGUAAGAUGGCUGAGGCACAAAGUAUGAUAGAGCAUGCUCAGAAAAAAUAUACCGAAGCAGAGAUGAAGGUGCAUGCUGCCGAGUCUUUGCAAGCAGAUGGUAGUCGGUAUCGCCGUGCUGCAGAAAGGAAACUGCAGGAAGUUGAAGCACGUGAAGAUGAACUUCGUAGACGUCUCACAUCUUUUUAUUCUGAUUGUGAUGCUAAAGAGAAGGAAAUCAGUCUGGAACGGCAAUCAUUAUGUGAAAGCCAGAGAGUCUUACAGCAAGGACGAGAUCAAUUACUUGAUGGCCAGGCCCUGCUGAACCAAAGGGAAGAAUACAUCUUUGGAAGGUCUCAAGAAUUGAAUCGUAUUGAAAAGGAGUUGGAGGCCUUAAAAGAAAAUAUUGAGAAUAAAAAUAGGACACUUAAUGAGGAAAAAUCCAAUUUGGACUCAAAAACAUCUGCCCUUUCGAAAAGAGAAGAGGCUGCCAUUGAAAGGGAAGCACUACUUAACAAAAAAGAGAAAGAGCUACUGAUUCUACACGAAAAGCUUGCAAUCAAGGAAUACGAUGGGAUUCAAAGACUCACAGCUAAAAAUGAAAUUGCCCUUGAAAAGAGGAAGUCUGACUUUGAAGCAGAGCUGGAAGUAAAGCGUAAUCAAAUGGAGGAUGAAAUUGAAUCCAAGAGACGGGCUUAUGAGUUGAGGGAGGUUGAUCUUAGUCAGAAGGAGGAACUAAUCCAAGAGAAGGAGCAUGACCUUGAGGGUCACUCAAGAGCAUUGGUAGAAAGAGAGCAGGAUUUAACAGAGAGGUCAAAAUUUCUUGAGCAGAAAGAAAAAAGUCUCAACGAAGCUGAAAAAGAGGCAGAAUUGGAGAAGAUACGUUUGGUGAAAGAAAGAGAAGAGAUUAACAAUAUGAGGUUAGACCUUCAAAAGUCAAUUGAUUCACUGGAAAACAGAGGGAAACAAGUUCAGCAAGCGCAAGAAAAAUUAGAGGCCAUGAAGAGUGAAAGGGCAGAGUUACUGAUCCUAGAGAUGAAACUUAAGGAAGAAAUUGAUUGUAUCAGGGCUCAGAAGCUUGAGCUGAUGACUGAAGCAGAUGAACUGAAAGCCGAGAAGGCAAAGUUUGAAACUGAGUGGGAGAUGAUCGAUGAAAAAAGGGAAGAACUGCGAAAAGAAGCAGAACGUAUUGCUGAAGAGCGAAAAGCAGUUUCCAAGUUGCUCAAAGAAGAACGUGACAGCCUGAAAUUGGAGAAAGGUGCACUUCAGGAUCAAUUUAAAAAUGAUGUGGAAUCCAUUUCUCGUGAGCAGCAAGCCUUCAUUAGUAAGAUGGAGCAUGAGCAUUCAGAGUGGUUUAGCAAGAUUCAGCAAGAGCGUGCUGAUUUUGUUCUUGACAUUGAGAUGCAGAAGAAGGAAUUAGAAUGUUGCAUUGACAAGAGAAGGGAGGAAAUAGAAAAUUAUUUAAGAGAGAAGGAGGAAGCCUUUGAGCAAGAAAAAGCUAGAGAGCUUCGUCAUCUCAGUUCACUGAAAGAAAGAGUCACAAAAGAAUUGGAAGACAUUGCUUCGGAGAUGAAAAGACUUGAUAAUGAAAAAAUAGAGAUCAACCUCGAUCGUGAGCGGAGUAAAAGGGAAUGGGCUGAUAUCGGAAAUGCCAUUGAAGAACUGCAGAUCCAAAGGGAAAAACUGAAGAAACAGAGGGAAUUAUUGCUUGCUGACAAGGAAGCAAAUCUUAUCCAGAUUGAGCAUCUUAAAAAGUUGGAGGAUGUGAAAAUUGCACCAGAAAUUGUGGUAUCAGAGAUGCAUGUAGGUGAUUUCAAGAAUAGCAGAAGAAGGUUUCCUGCCAAGAAAUGCUCAAAUACACCAACUACUUUACAUGUUACCGAGAAAAAAUCCCAUGUAUCAAAAGAGGUUAUUUGUGAUGCCUCUGAGCUGGGAUUGCUUUGUAAGCAAGAAGCGUAUAAUGCUUCACCUUCUAACUCUACCCCUCUGUCAUGGCUCAAACGAUGUACUGAAUUGAUAUUCAAACAUAAUCCUGAAACGUCUGCAGUUCAGCAUGGAGAACAGAUGCUUGUAUCUGAGUUCAAGGAUGCAAAUUUGAAGUUGCUGGAGAACGAGUAUUCUCAAACCACUAAGAAAAUAGUGUUGGCACAAUUGGAGAAUAUUGAGGACCUGAGAUCAAGAGAAAAUGAUAGCACAGAAAAAAAGUUGAACAGGACACAACCUGUGACUUCUGUUCUUGAAGAGCCCAAAGUAAUACUUGAAGUGCCUGCUGUUAGCAAGGAUGGAAGAGGCGCACAUAAUUUGGCAUCUGAAUAUGGAACAGAUGCAGCUGAAAAUUGUGAAACUUGUGUUGACUCCAUUUCUAAAGAGAGGCAUCCCCCUGGAAGAAAAAGACUUCUAAAUGCUUCCUCUUAUGACCAUGUUGAUGCAGAAUUAAAGCAAAUGCAGAAUAAUAAGAAACGGAGGCAAAAAAAAGGUGCUUCAGAGACCCCAAGUGCGACCUCAAUGCCACCACUCUGUCCAGAUGAAAAUAAUUACGUUGAACAUUCAGCAGAACAAGAGAAAGGGGUCUGUUCGCAGGAUCAAGUACCAGCAUUUAACCCAGAUAAUCUUUGGGUAGGGAAUGGUAUCCCAUCUUGUGGCUUGAAGACACAAAAGAUGGUAAAUGAAGAGACAUUGUUGGAGGAUGACGAAGAACUUACAAGGCGGCAUAAUCUGUCUCAAAGUGAAGUUGUGAGCAGUACUAUGGUUAAGGAUCAAGUCAAAUCAAAACAAGAAAAUGGAGGAAAAGUUGAUGAAAUGAAUGAAGAUUUGACCGGAAAACAUUAG